CCUGCGGCUCCAUUGGAGCUGGCCCGCCAUGGGUGGACUCAUUGGCUGUCCAGCUGGCACUGACGUCCCCUCGGAGCCUGGUGGCCGCCGGAGGUAAACAGCCACAUGCGAUCCUCCACUCUAUAUUUAACAGCCGCUGCGGAGAAGCAGGCAGCGCUGGCGGCACUCGGGACGGCCCUUGCCUUUGGGGAGAAGGCCCUCGGAGCGCCAGCCGGGCAGGCACCGGCCUGCUCAGGGUGAGCGAGGUCACCAUGCCAGCUUCCCAGAGCCGGGCCCGCGCCCGGGACCGCAGCAAUGUCCUCAACAGGGCCGAGUUCCUGUCCCUGAACCAGCCCCCCAAGGGAACCCCAGAGCCCCGCAGCUCGGGCAGAAAGGCCUCGGGGCCAUCAGUGCAGCCCCCACCCACUGGCGAUGGGGCCCGCGAGCGGCGCCAGUCGCAGCAGCUGCCCGAGGAGGACUGCAUGCAGCUGAACCCCUCCUUCAAGGGCAUCGCCUUCAACUCCCUGCUGGCCAUCGACAUCUGCAUGUCCAAGCGGCUGGGGGUGUGUGCUGGCCGGGCCGCGUCCUGGGGCAGCGCCCGCUCCAUGGUCAAGCUCAUCGGCAUCACCGGCCACGGCAUCCCCUGGAUCGGGGGUACCAUCCUCUGCCUGGCGAAGAGCAGCACGCUGGCCGGCCAGGAGGUGCUCAUGAACCUGCUUCUGGCUCUGCUUCUGGACAUCAUGACGGUGGCCGGGGUGCAGAAGCUCAUCAAGCGGCGGGGCCCGUUCGAGACGAGCCCCGGCCUCCUGGACUACCUCACCAUGGACGUCUACGCCUUCCCCGCCGGGCACGCCAGCCGCGCGGCCAUGGUGUCCAAGUUCUUCCUCAGCCACCUGGUGCUGGCGGUGCCCCUGCGCGUGCUGCUGGUGCUCUGGGCCUUCUGCGUGGGCCUCUCUCGCGUGAUGAUCGGGCGCCACCACAUCACGGACGUCAUCUCGGGCUUCAUCAUCGGCUACUUCCAGUUCCGCCUGGUGGAGCUGGUCUGGAUGUCCUCCAACACCUGCCAGAUGCUCAUCUCUGCCUGGUGACCGCCUGCUCGCCGGCCUGCCCGGGGCUCGGGACCCCGGGGGCCGGGAGAGGUGGCAGGAGGCGGGAUGGGCCCAGACAGGGGAGCCAGGCAGCCCCUGGGUCAGUGCUGCCCCGUCUCAGUGUCCCCUCCUGGUUGGAGUCGGUGGUCUAGGUGGACCCCAGGACUGGCAUGCUCUGCAGUGCCAUGCCUCUUGCCCCUUUCCCAGGACUCGAAUGUCCUCUCCAGGUGGCCAGGGCCUGCCUCUGUGAUGGGCCUGCUCAGCCUGCGCGCUGGAGACACAGGCGGGAACGCAGGCUGCAGCCGGCCGGGGUGUGAUCUUAUCUGUCCUUUCAUGGUGGUGACUGUUGUGUUCUUGGCUGUGCCCAUCACGCCACAGCACGAUGCCCGGCCACUGCCCCUUCCCACCACCCAGUGCAGGUGCCAUUGCCAUUAACAGUCACCCACAGCUUCGGGCAGCACUUUCCAAAGGGUGCCCGCAGGACACCGACCGGCAGGACACUGCGGGGGGGAAAAGGGUCCUGUGGUCCAAUACAUUUGGGAAGUGCUGCACUCUGCCCAUCGAGGACCUUCACGAGGGCCACCUUGCUGUAAAGGCUCCGGCAAGUCCUGCUCAACCUCGUUUCCUAAACUUACUGGACCACAGGACCCUUUUCUUGAGGGACAGCUAUUGAUCCCGGAGCCACCAUUUCCUAAGGCGCACUGCCCGGGAGCCAAGGGGCCUGAGAUGUGAGCUGGCCUCUUCCCACACCCAGCCCCAGAGCCUGGGGGACCAGGAGCCCAGCCCUCAGAGCGCAGGUCACAGCCCAGGGGCCUCGGUGCGGCUUUGGCCCCCAGGGGCCGGACUCUGUGAGACCUAAUAGGUCGUUUCCAAGUCAGCUGAUCUGGACGUGCAUUUCCUGUGACAAUACAGACGAUUUGCAAGC